AUGUCUAUAUUGAAGGUAUUAUAUGCUGAUGUUGGUGACGAUGUCACUCUGCCCUGUUACCUGCAUCCAAAAAAGAGUGCUGUUGCUAUGAAGAUCCGGUGGUCUAAAGAGGAAGAAUGUAUUUGCGAGUACCAGAAUGGGCAGGUGAGAGUGGGGGAGGGCUACGAGGGCAGAGUGAGUCUUUUCACCGACAAGCUGAAGGACGGAAACGUGUCUCUGAUGCUGAGGAAUGUUCAGCCCAUUCAACCGGGACUGUACAAUUGUGAAGUCACGUGUGGAACAGAGAAGGAGAAAACUUCACUUAAACUUGCAUAUCGAUUACGAGGGGGCUUUCAAUUAAGAGACGAGUCAAGCGAUGAGGAAGACGAGCCUGAAACAAGAACAAGAAAAUUAAGUGAUCCACGUGACCUUCGACCCAUAAAACCCGGAAGACGAUGGAGUAAUCCACUUGACCUUCCAAACAUGUGAAGACGGAAUUUAAGAGAAAAGAAGACAAUUACAACAAUGGACACGAGAGAGCAUUUACACAGCAAAGAGAAUCCAAUGAUUAUUAUUUUGCACGGAAUGUAACUAUGAAACUGUCUUCACUGGACCUAACUACAAACCCGAUUCCAAAAAGUUGGGACACUGUACAAAUUGUGAAUAAAAACAGAAUGAAUGA